AAGUUCUCUGCUGAACACCCCCAUGGCAAAGCAAUCGCGCUGGUUGACACUGAAUCGGAAUUUAUCGCGGUGGAUGAGGAUUGGUUUCUGCUUCGCUGGAUCGCAAUAUCAUUCUUGUUUCUGAAUUCAAUUGGCAAAGAUGGUGCGAAGCUCAUCGAAGGUGCCAUGGUACCGAAGGAUGAAACCGUUGAGCCUGAUACUACAGUGGUUUCUCAUACGAUGAAAGGUGAAGCAGCAGGCGCCACUGCUGGUCCGGGGCAAUGUGGCACUUGUGGCACGCAUGGUGGCAGUGACAUGGUUAUGGCGAGUGACAAGGCUGGGCAUGCUAGCUAUGGUGGCUCAGCCACUGCAAGUGCGAAGGUGGCCGAUUCUAAGUGUGGUAGUUGUGGAUCAGGCUGUGGUGGUGGAUGCGGUGUCUCUGUGGUCACCAUGAGCUACAAGAAUGGUCGUGCGAGUUGUGGCAUCAUUGCAGGCAGCAAGAAUGGCCAUACUGAGUCUGCUGGGUGUAGAUCGGGAUGCAGCAGUUCCUGCGGUGGCAACAUGAUUAUUGAAAGCUCCAAAGAGGGGAACACCAAGUCAGGUGGUUGUGGUUCAGGAUGUGGUGGUAUUGAAGGCUCCAAGGCUGGCAUUGCCAAGUCUAGCGGUUGCGGUUCAGGUUGUGGUGGCACUUGCAGCAGUAUGGUGGUUGAAGGCUCCCAAAAUGGUCAUGCCAAGUCAGGCGGUUGUGGCUCGGUCUGUGGUGGUGGUUGCGGUGUCAUGUUGAUCGAACACUCCAAGACUAGCUGCACCAAGUCUAGCGGUUGUGGCUCAGGUUGCGGCGGUGGUUGCAGUAGCAUGGUCAUGGAAGGCUCCAAGAUUGGCUUUGCCAAGUCAAGUGGUUGCGGUUUGGGCUGUGGUGACGGUUGCGGUUCAGGCUGUGGGGGUGGCUGUGGCAGCAUGGUCAUUGAAAGCCCCAAGACUGCCUUCACCAAGUCAGGCGGUUGCGGUUCGGGCAGUGGUGGCGGUUGCGGUUCCGGCUAUGGCGGUGACUGCGGCGCAAUGGUCAUUGCAGGAUCCAAGAUUGGCUUUGCCAAUUCAGGUGGUUGCUGUUUAGGCUGUGGCGGUGGUUGUAGCGGCAUUGUCAUCGAAGGCUCCAAGAUUGGCUUCGCGAAGUCAGGCGGUUGCGGUUCGGGUUGUGGCGGUGGUUGCGGUGGCAUGGUUAUGGAAGGCUCCAAGACCAUCCAUGCCAUGUCUGGGGGCUGCGGUUCAGGCUGUGGUUCUGGCUGCGGUGGCGGUGCUUGCGGCGACAUGGUCAUUGAAUGCUCCAAGACUGGUUCCGCCAAGUCAGCUGGUUGCGGUUCCGGCUGUGGUGGCGGUUGUGGCGGCAUGGUCCUGGAAGGCUCCAAGAUGAGCCAUGCCAUGUGUAGGGGUCGCGGUUCAGGCUAUGGCGCCGGCUGCGGCGACGGUUGUGGCGGCAUGGUCAUGGAAA